CAUGCCCCGGCCCCGCUGACCCCCGGCCGCCAGCUCAGAGCCAUGUCAUCAGACCAGCAGGUGUGGCACACAGCCAUGCCGCCCCCCCGUCGGAGCAGCCCCUCAGCCAGAGGCCCCAGGUCCCCCCGAUCGGCCAGCAGCCCCAGGUCCCCCAGCACCCCUGGCUCGGAGAAGGUGGCCUCCCCACUGGAAUGCUCCAUCUGCUUCUCGGGCUAUGACAACAUGUUCAAGACGCCCAAGGAGCUGUCCUGCACUCACGUCUUCUGCUUGGAGUGCCUGGCACGGCUGGCGGCCGCACAGCCAGCAGACAGACCUGGCAGCGAGGCUGUGCCCUGCCCAUUCUGCCGGCAGCCCACGGCUGUGCCCGCUGCCGGGGCACCUGCGCUGAGCACCAGCCGCCAGCUGCAGGCCAGGAUGCCGGCGCACCUGCGGCGGGAGGAGCCCGUGUGGCUGGAGGGCACCAAGCUGUGCUGCUGUCCCCCACCCUCUGCACCCGGCCUCCCGGCGCCCGGCUUCGUGUGCGUGGACGUGGGCCUGAGCAAGCCCGCCGAGCCCGCUGUGCCCCCACCGCCCCCAGCCCCCACGGGCCCCCGGGCCCGCCUGGCCCGCUGCUGGGCCCGCUUCGGAGACUGGAAGCGCAUGGCGCUCAUCACAGCCCUGCUGCUGGUCUUCCUCUGCGUGGUGCUCUGGCCCGUGCAGUGUGCGCUCAAGACCGGGAGCCUGCACUGCCUGUCCCGGCCGCCUGCCCACGCCACCCCGGCCACCGCCACCUUCGCGGCCACCUUCUCUCCUGGGCCCUUGGCUGACAGCUAAGGUUGUCCCACACUGUGCGCUUGGGUCCUCAGCAGCUGGAGCCAGUCCCCAGGACCCCAGAGGAACCCUGACAUCUCUGAAGACCCCAUUUGGCUCACCUGUCCCCCCCACUCUAGGGGGCCAGGUCCUGAUGGGGUAGACAAAAGGCUCCCCAAGCCUCCAAGAACAACGGGCUCCUAUGAGCCCCAGAGACUCCCCCCAACUCCCAUCAUGCAGUUGGGGGAACAGACCCAGGAGAGACUCCU